AAGCAAAAUAGUCAGUUUUCAGGGUUAUACAGUGUAGGGGGUGAACGGGUGUUCGGAGUUUAUUGGGGUUGGUUGUUUGUCAUUUAUUGAGCACAGCACUGUCUUUAAAUCCAUCUUCAUAUUUCUUCUCUGCUUUGUCAGUCGGUAGAAACAAAUGGCUAAACUUCUUUCAUUUGCUGAGUUGAACAAGCAUAAUAGCAGGACUGAUUGCUGGCUUUUGAUCGAUGGGAAGAUUUAUGACAUGACUCCAUUUCUUGAGGAACAUCCUGGAGGCGAUGAAGUCUUGUUAGCUGCUACUGAGAAAGAUGCGACUGAUGAUUUUGACGAUGUGGGACACAGCGACGAUGCGAGAGAGCUGAUGAAGAAUUACUGCAUUGGUGAGGUUGAUCAAAGUACCAUUCCAGCAAGAAAGAAGUACAACCCACCUGCAAUAGCAGCAAAGAAACCCAGGCAUAACGAAUCCGUGAUCAAGCUCUUACAACUGGGGCUACCGCUGCUAAUCUUGGUAUUUGCAUUUGGUUUGCGAUACCUUUUCUAAGACAACAAGCUUGUCAUUGCUUAAAAGCAUCAAUAAAAUAUGAAACUCAGUGUCGUUGUUGUGUGGAGUUUUUGAACUAUUAUUCGGAGCAUCAAUAAUGCUAAUGCAAACUGUGCUAUUGGUUUAAUCUGUC